AUGAGAAUAAAAACGUCGUUUUAUAAUGCAUUAUUAUUAUUUUUAUUAUCUUUCAUAUCUACUGUUCAAUGUAGUCUUCUAAAUAUAUCUAUGGCUAUACUUAAUACUCAAACAGUUAUAGUUUGUAGUUUAUCUAUUGAUAUUUAUUCAUUAUUUGAUCCAACUCAAAUUAUUAGUUGUCCAUCUGUAUCAAUUGAACAAGACAAAAUUCAAUUGAUUAAUAUGAAUAUAUCUUUUGAUAAUUAUAAUCAAAUCGUAAUAGAAUUAAAUCCUCCAAUAAUAUCUACACCAAAAUUUUUGAUUAAACUUGAUAAUAAUAAUUCAUUUCUUUCUCCACCAAGUAUCAAUAAAAAUUAUACAUAUUAUCUUUCAUUUUCAUCUGAACUUAAAUGUAGAUUUUCAUUAUUAAAUAAUGAAACAAUUUGUUUUUAUUAUUCAAUAUCAACAAAUUUUAUUGAUAUAGAAUAUCAUUAUGAUAAAAUCAAAUAUGAUAGUUUGAUAUUAUUGAAUGAAAGUCGACAUCGUGUCUAUAUUAUUUUUAUUAUAAUUACUACACUUAUCAUUAUAUGUGUUUUUGCUACAUAUAUCUUAUAUAAAAAUGGAUUUUCACUUCGUUACACAACUGAAUUAGAUGUUACUAUUGAUUCAGAAAUGGUAAAACAAGAUGCAGGAACACUAUCAAUAGAUCCACCAUCAGAUAAUGCUAUUAAACAACCAAUAUUAGCUGAAGAUUUUAUUAUUAAAAAAACACAUACGAUUUCGAAAAUAUAA